AUGAACGUCUCUGGAUCAGGAUCCCAUUUGGAGUCAGUGAGUGAAUUCAUCCUUCUGGGUUUUCCCUGCAGCAGGGAGAUUCAGGGCGUCCUGUUUAUAUUAUUCUCCAUCAUCUACCUCCUGACACUCAUGGGAAACGAAGCCAUUAUCUGCACCGUGUGUUGGGACCAGCAUCUCCACACCCCCAUGUACAUCCUGCUGGGGAAUUUUGCAUUCCUAGCGAUCUGGUAUGUCAACUCCACUGUCCCAAACACACUGGUCAACUUUCUUUCAGAGACCAAGGCCAUCUCUUUCACUAGUUGCUUCCUUCAGUUAUAUUUUUCCUUUUCCAUGGGCUCCACUGAAUGCUUCUUUCUUUCAGCAAUGGCCUUUGAUUGAUACUUUGCCAUCUGUCAUCCUCUGCAUUAUGCCACAAUUAUGACUGCACAACAUUGUUUCAACCUAGUGAUUUCCUGUUGGAUGUGUGGCUUUCUCUGGUAUCUGGUGCCUGUUAUUCUCAUCUCCCAACUGCCUUUCUGUGGUCCUAAUGCAAUUGACCACUUUGUAUGUGACUCAGGCCCAUUGCUGACCCUUUCGUGUGCUCCUGCUUCCAGGUCCAAGCUUGUCAGCUACAUCCUAAGCUCCCUCAUCAUCCUCCUUAGCUUCCUUUUCAUCCUCAGCUCCUACGCCCUGGUUCUACUUGCUGUGCUUCGGUUGCCUUUGGCAGCCAGUCGGCAUAAGGCCUUUUCAACCUGUGGGUCCCACUUGACUGUGGUGCUGCUAUUCUAUGGGACCAUUAUGGUGAUGCGUGUGAGCCCUGGAUCCCGCCACUCUACCAUGGUGCCAAAGAUCAUGACCUUGUUCUAUGCAAUGGUGACUCCUCUCUUCAACCCUUUGAUUUACAGUCUCAGGAAUAAGGAAAUGAAAAAUGUGGUUUACAAGUAUUUGUUUCCAACAAAAUUAAAGGAGAUUGUCCCAAAAGAAGAACGUGAGGCAAGGACUUGGGUGCAGGUAGUUUAUCAGGAAGUGAUUUCAAGAAGCAGGAAUGAGAAAUAA